UAUUUUGGAUGAAAUAUCGGGAUGUUUUAUCGAAACUGCUUAUUGUUUUGUAUUGUUUUAGCAAGAUUCUAUUCAUUUAAAAAAUGUUUAUAAAUUCGAGAAAAACGCUUUUACGCCUUGGAAACCGUUUACCUUUUUCCUUAAACUUUUUCGAUACCCAUUUUCAAAAGUACCCUGCAGCAAAUCGCGCCUCCUUCAAUCCAGGAGGUCAUUGUACAUACGCCCCAGCGAGCCUGGAUCAGGAGUCUCCUGAUUGGACCUUGGUGUCCCCGAUCGGUUUCUUUGACCACCCCUCGCUUUGCAGGAUCACUCCUGUUCGUUGGGCUUCCCAACUGCUUCACAAAAGUUCACCGCUAGAAACUUACGCUGCUGCUGCUCCAAUUCCUAUUCCGAUGAACGUCGAUGCUGCUGAAACUACUCGAUUCUCUCCACAACGGUCGAGAGAUAUUUCUUCCAAUCUUACACAGGCAUCUUCGUCACAAAACAUCACCCCUAAUUGUGCCACUAAGUGUCUCUCUGGAUUAGUUAAUACUAAUUUUGACGCAGACUUUCAUGUACAAUCAUAUGAUUGCUAUGGGUCCAUCAGUCUAUACUCAGUUAUGCAAAGCAAUGUGCCAACUCCAUUCGCAGGAAUUCAUAAGAUUUCACAUUUGCAUAUGCCUGGUGGCCAGUGGUCGCAAGAAUACAAGUUCACGUCGCUAAGUAUGCAAAAUUUUCACUAUACCUGCCUUCGCGAUAACACCCGCGCUGACUGGGCGGAUUCCCAAGGAUUUUCGUGUGGAUCUGCGCGGCGAAGCUAUACUACACGAUCGACGCCUCCUUCUACUUCAUUACCUACUUCAAACUUACCGAUCCAGAAAACAGCACCAGUAAAAUUUUCUAAAAAAGAACAACUCCGGAAAGCAUUUAAGGAGUAUGGUUCUACUAUAGUGGUCUUCCAUGUAUGCAUUUCAUUGAUUUCGGUUCUUAGCUUUUAUGCACUCGUAUCUAGUGGUGUUAACAUGAUUUCCAUUUUAGAGUUUCUUGGAGUUCCUCCUUCCGCGACAGCUGAAAAAAUAUCUACUGGAAGCUCUUUUGUCAUAGCCUAUGCUGUUCAUAAAGUUUUUGCACCAAUUAGAAUAAGCAUAACUCUGGCUGCGACUCCGUUUAUCGUUCGUUACCUGCGAUUGAAAGGAUUCUUAAAAAACAGUCAAAAAAACACCUAAACUUUUUUUUCGAAUCGAAUUUUCUUUCCUAGUAACUUAACUUGCGCAACUAUUUAUUGUAGCCGCAAUAAUGAAUAAAGACAAGGAAGAAAUUAA